CUCCUUUUCUUUUCAACUCUGUGCUCGGUACAGCAGUGUAGCAGUCGUGUGGUAUUCUGCAGUAUUCAAGGAGUAUUUCACAGUAUUCUACAGUCGUCUGGAUUCUGGUGUUCUCAGGACAGGUGUUACAGCUGCUCUCUGUAAGUGUGUGUGGGAUGUCGUGUCAGGGCUAGAGCCCUUCCCUCUCCCAUGAGCCUGUGUGCCCACACACACACACGGCGCCCCCACACACACACACGGCGCCCCCACAAACACACAGACACACGGCGCUGACGUUGUGAAGUGGACCCUCGGAAACAGACCGGAGCAGAACCGGAUCAAACCAGCCUGUGGGCCGGCAGGGCGGAACCUGAGGAUGUCAACAGAGGCGGAACUACAGCCAGCUGUCAGGCCCAGUGUCAGGAGAGACUCCAGGAGGAAAGGGCAGGAUCGUAGCGAGGCCGGGUUGAUCAGGCGGUUUAAGGGGGAUGGCGUUCGCUACAAGGCUAAACUCAUUGGUCUGGACGAAGUCACGGCCGCAAGGGGAGACAAACUCUGUCAAGACUCCAUGAUGAAGCUCAAGGGUAUAGCAGCAGCAGGGCGGUCUAAAGGAGACCACAAACAGAAGGUGUUUCUAACUGUCUCCUUUGGAGGGAUCAAGAUCUUUGAUGAGAAGUUUGGGGUCCUCCAGCACCACCAUGCGGUCCAUGAGAUCUCUUACAUCGCCAAGGACAUCACAGACCACCGAGCCUUUGGUUAUGUCUGUGGGAAAGAGGGCAACCACCGCUUCGUAGCCAUCAAGACAGCACAGUCUGCAGAACCAGUGAUCCUGGACCUCCGGGACCUGUUCCAGCUCAUCUAUGACAUCAAACAGAGGGAGGAGAUGGAGAAGAAAGCCCAGAAAGACAAACAGUGUGAACAGGCUGUGUACCAGACUAUUCUGGAAGAAGAUUUGGAGGAUCCGGUCUACCAGUACAUUGUGUUUGAGGCGGGACACGAGCCCAUCCGUGACCAAUCAGAAGAGAGCAUUUAUCAGGUUCCGACCAGUCAACAGAAGGAGGGGGUAUAUGACGUCCCCAAGAGACACCCAAAUGCUCAAAAUGGUCACCAACAACAACAACAACAGCCACAACAACAGCCACAACAGCCACAACAACAGUCUCUGAUAGAUCUCAUGGAUAUGGACAGUGUGUGGACUCCACAGAAUAUCAACCAAUUAGAGCUGUUUGGAGACAUCUCCACACUCCCGGACAUCUACUCCCCCUCGACCCCUGCCUCUCCAGCCAACACCCUGGACCCCUCUCUGGGCCUGCAGCCCACAACCGAACUCUUCACCCCCUUCAACCCUGCCUCCGUACCCUCAGGUUAUGUGACGAUGGGAGCGGUACCUCCAGGUCAUGUGUGGUCCCAGCAGGCGUUUGCAGCCCAGGCAGGUCCUCUGUUCGGGGUCCCGUCCCCCCUGGGUCAGUCCCUCCCUGUGGCCCAGGUCCUGCCUGGAGGCCAGCCACUCAUCUGGGGCCAGGCCAACCUCUUCCCUGCUACACAGCAGCAGUGGGCCGCCAUGACUGGAGCAGGGUUCCCUGCUACAGCCUACCUCCCAACCCAGCCAGGGUCUCUGCCUGCCAUGUUCCUCCCAGUCAAUCAACCCUGCGACGGCCUAUCAUCUGCCGGCGCUGCCUCGAACCCCGCCCCCUCGUCAGCCUCCAGUCCACAGCAUGCAGAGAGGCAGCGGCAGAAGAUGAGCAAGGAGAUGUUUAAGGACUUCCAGCUAGCGAAGCCCCCUGCCAUGCCUGCUAAGAUGGGGGACCAGCACCAAAGUCUAGCAGGGACCUCAGAGGCCUUCAGUUCCUAUUUCAGCCGCGUGGGGACCGUCACCGAUACAGACGACUGUGACGACUUUGACAUCUCUCAGCUCAACCUCACUCCUGUCACCUCUACCACGCCCUCCACUAACUCACCUCCGACCCCGGCCCCCAGACAGAGUUCUCCAUCUAAAUCGUCGCUGUCACACGUUAGUGACCACAUUGACCACAUCAGUGACCCUCCCACAGACGCCACCGACCCCCCCACAGAUGACUCGUUCGGCGAGGUGGAGGGCUCCCCGAGUCGCAGUGGAGAGGAGGAUGCGGCGUGUGGGUCUGGGUCUCCAUGUCCUAGUGAGACAGCAGGUUCUAGUCCAGCCCAGACCAGUCCACCUGCCAACAGCUAGAUAGAUGCUGGCUGGGUGCUGGGGGAAGGAUCUCUGUCUGCAGGGGAAGGAUCCUCUCUACGCCCAGGUCAACAAAGGGAAGAAAUAAAGAGACACAGUGAACACUGGACACUGGACUGACCAACCAACGCUGACAAACCAACCCGAUGUGUGUGUGUGUGUGUGUGUGUUACUCCUCUCAAGCAGCAGCCUGGCCACCCCUCUAACAAAGGAUAGAACGCUCCAUCUACUCCCUCUACUCUCUUUUCAUUCAUUCAUCUCUCCGUCUCUCUCUCUCUCUCUCUCCCUCCAUCAAACGUUGCUAGAGACUAUGCUGCCAAAAGGGGACUGGGCCAAGUGUUGUCUCCCUUCCUAACUCAGACAGUGUUAUCAGACAUGGACCAAAUGAGUGUCUGUAGCGAGUGGAUCCUGUGGGACGAGGCCGGAAUGGUAUGCCUGGAUCCUUAUUUUUGAUUAGCCAGUUUAUUGGGAUCUUGGCAUCUGAUUGGCUGUUUGGGUGUUUCACCUUCAUGUGAGCGUCUGCUGGAUGACUAUGCAGAAACAGACUCUCUAGGAGCUACUCACACACACACACACACACACACCGACACAGUGUUUUGCCAAAUGUCUCUUCUCAGACAGAUUCAGAGGGAAGGCUUCAGAGGGAAUGGACUCAGCGGGGCAUGGAUGUUGCCAGCCUAACGGCGGCACCGCCUGGCACGGACGAACAUUGCCAAAUUACCAGGCACCUCCGCCUUCGGAUGGAUGUUGCCAAACUAACUGAUUCUGUGAUUGAACUGCUCAUUCUCUAUAAUAGCUUUUGUACAAUAUCGAUUAAAACAGACAAGGGGAAAUUGAGUUUUUAUUUUAUAAAUCCAUCAAGACGCUCUACUGUCAGCUCUACUGGAGUUGCAGAUUCACAUGGCUUUAAGAGACCUGAUUGUUGGUUUGCCAAACUCAUUUUGUAAAUAAUAAUAAUAACAACAACAACAAUGAUCAUUCUGUCCGCAGGACUUCUGUGCCAUAAAAUAGGCUUCAGUUAGGCUACCAGAAGGUAUCAAGCAAUACCAACAUCUCCUCUGUCUGUCUGUCUGUCCGUCCGUCCGUCUGUCUGUCCAGGUUUCUGUUGCUCUCUCAACCCCUGACGUUGUUUGGUCUAUGACCCUAUAAGUGUCUUUCCCUAAAUCAGACCUCGUCUACACUGCAGUCCUUUGUUGAUCAAUAUCCAUGUGCCCUGUAACCUCGUACAGUCAUACCAUCCUCCUGUCUGUGCGCCAUAUCAUCUCUCCGUCUGAGUGACGGGAGCAUUUACCCAUCAUCACAACCACCCCGGACACUCCCUACAGCUGUAUGUCUGUCAUCAGCCCCCUAGCCCUGCUCGGCUGUCUGCCUCCAUGUCUGUCUGUCUGCCGGUCUAUCCGUCCGUCUGUCUCUGCUAGUAUUACAUCAACUGUGAUGCCAAUGACUCCCUAUUUUAUGGCCAGAAUCUCUGUGUAAUUAGACUUCUCUGGACUGACAACUGAUUAAUAACGACGUUUGGACAAUAGAAGAAGAAGAUGAGGAAGUGGACUAAAAAGGGAGAAAAAAAUGCUGUUUGAUUACGUAACAUUUCUAGACAUAUUUUAACCUUACCUCAGAUAGCGGUUUCUUAAUGUAAAUUGACACAUUAUUUUUUAUCUUUAUGAAUACAACAGCAUUCUACAGUGGAUUUUUAGAGGACUUUUAUUUUCUGUUGAUUGACAUCUCCACCAUGUAUUACAGUUCCUAUUAAACACAUCCCAAUGACA